AUGGUGCUCCUUGCUUUCGGCACCUCUCUGUUUCUUGCACGCUUUGCCCUCUUGCAAGUGCAUGGGUCACAAACAUUCUGGCCCUUAGCGGUACCACUUGCUGUUCGCACGCCUUAUUUGAACACAUGGAUGUACAAGACGAAGACGUCGGAUAGUCUGAACAACCAAUUGCCGUCUUUUUUUGAUACGGAGCAAGAUAUUGGGUGGAAUUGUUACAUCCGAGUGGAUGGAAAGACGUACAUUGUGUUUGGCGACAACAAUUUUCCGCCCAACUACACCGUGGCAGUUGGAAGCCUCGUUCAGACGGAACUGUCCCCUACUCGUACCAUGCAAACCAUCGAGGCUGGUCCCUUGAACAUUACCUUGACGUUUCUGAGUCCCAUCGAUCCAUCUGACCUCAUACGCCAAUCCUCCCGUUCAGCUAUGCUGCCUGACUGGCCCGUCUUCCCCAUCUCGGUCGACUUGGGAAGUGUCGCUUCUCUAGACUCGCCCGUUGUCUGGGUGAUUGGCCAUGUACGCGAUCCAAGCAUCAGUUACACAUUGUCAGGAAAACCCGAAUCCCUCCGCCCGUACUACACAACACAGUAUUCUACCACUGAAGAUGCCUUGGAGUUCUUCGUCUCCGAUUUCAACACCUCGCUGACUCAGGCAAACUUGCUCGAUACGCAAGUCCGUGGAGCGGCUUCAAGCAUUUCGGUUGACGGUAAACUACACGACAUGCUUUCGCUCGCCACUCGCCAGGCGUUCAGUUCCCUCGAAAUAACGGCUCCCCAUGGGUCGGACGGCACGACUAGGAUCUUCAUGAAAGACAUGGGCACCAGUCAACGUGUCACUCCCGUGGAGAAAUUGUACGCUGCACUGCCCAUGUUCUUGUAUUACAAUGCAUCGCUGGUCAAGCCACUAUUGGUACCGCUCCUUGAACAACAGAACACGUCGUUAGGCGCAUUCCCGUACGCAUCGAAAGACCUUGGUUCCUCUUUCCCCGAAGUAUCUGGUCCGAACCUGACAUCUACAGAGGCAGUCGAACAGUCCGGGAACAUGCUCCUCAUUGCACUCGCUCACGCCAAAUACGCGAACGAUACGUCGCUGAUCCAUGAUUAUUAUCCCUUGCUCAGGAAUUGGGCCGAGUAUCUGACGCAACAUGGGCAAUUUCCCAAGGACCAAUCAUCCGUCGACGACGGAAGUGACGCCACAAACUCGACCAAUCUUGCGGUGAAGGGCAUCUUUGCCAUUCAAGCCAUGGCGGAGAUAAGUCAAAUAGUCGGGGAGAGUGAUGAUUCUCAGCAUUUCAGCGCGAGUGAUCUACUGUCGUCCAACUAUAUGAACACAUGGGAAUCGCUUGCCAUAUCGUCAGGAGGCGCCUCUGCGUCCGUGAAUCAGACGUUUGGUUCGGAAAUCACAGGCAUCUGGUCUUUACCGUAUAACCUCUACGCGCAGACCCUGUUUGGAUUCAACCUUCUGAACCAGACAUGGCUUGACAAGCUUACUGUCAUGUAUGGACAGUGGAUCCAACCUGAAACUGCCAACUAUAGAUAUGGGUUGCCGAUGCAGAGCGUCGCACAAUCGCUUGGCAACGUAGCCUGGAAUGCUUUCAUCGCGGCUACUUGCACCAACGACACGGUCCGUAGUCAGCUUCUUGACGCGGUCUGGAACUAUGCGUCAUUCAAUGGGACGUCGGCCCCGUUCGGCGCGGUGUAUAACGUCGAAUCUGGUGCCUAUCAGGAUGGAAUGGCGAGCCCCGCAUUAGGAGGCCUCUUCGCCCCGUUCCUGCGCAGCGGUACCGUAACCGUCUUCCAGACUCCAUCGCCUCCCAGUAACUCCACCACAAGCCCUACGGCCCCUAGCGCUUCCGGAUCCGGCGGGAACAAAGUCGAUGUUAGCGCUGUAGCGGGCGGCGUCGUCGGUGGUGUUGUCGGUUUACUUGCACUCGCCGGACUUGUACUAUGGUUAGUCCGACGUCAUCGAAACCAGAAGAACGCCGCCCUCUUCGACACAACUGGCACAAGAACCGAGCCCGCGCCCUUCGAGGCUGCACCUGCUUUUGCGGCCCAAGCACCAGGUAUCAUACUCACGGAAAAGCAGCGCCGGGAACUCGAAUCGCCAAGGGAAGAAACACCUGUCCUGCCCUCAGCCGGCUCGUCUUCCGCCAUACCACUUGACGAGCCUCCGUCUGAGGGUACGAUGGUCCCUUCGUCGGCGAAUGGGGUGUCUGUGGGCUCGCGUGAGAACGAGUUGCUGGGGCUGCACUCCAUGAUCGAAGAGCUGCGCAGGAUCACUGGCAUGCUGAAUGUGCAUAUCGAGAGUGCACCGCCCGAGUAUACGUACUCGUGA